AUGGAUCAUUCAUAUACUGCUAUCGAGAAGCGUGUCUCAGAGGCUGUUAAAAGCGUACAGGGUGAAAAGAAACCCAAAAUAGCUGAGUUGGCGCGUGUUUUUAAUGUACCAUACGAUGGGCUUCGGCGUAGCUUUCAGGGUGGACCAUCACGGUCGGAUCUCGGCGUGAUUGUUCAGUGGUACAAUGUUCUUGAACUCUAUAUUCAAGAUAUUAGCCGAGAAAUAUCUACAACUUUGACGAAAUCGGCUUUCAAAUUGGACAAGGAAAAGCUCAAAAAAUUGUCUCUUCCCGUGGCCAAAAAGCCUCAAGAUUUAAAUCUCAAGAGACUCGAGAAUCACUCACCGCUAUCGAGUGUAUCGCUGCCGAUGGCUGGUCAGUACUGCCGUUCUUCGUCGUUAAAGGACAGUGCCAUCUCGAGCGGUGAUUUCAACCCACACUUUCAGACGGGACUGUGA